AAUGGGAUUCCCCUAAAAUGGAGGCAAUGCAUGGCUCUUCGGCAAUGCGUAAUACCAAACAACACUUUUCUCCUGAACUCCUCCCUUCUGCUUUUGCCCUCCCUCGAUUUUUACCUCGCCCUCCUCUGGUCUAGCUUGUCUCUCUGCUUUUUAUUUAGCCAGCUACCAAGUUGCGACAUUUCACUUCACGCCGCUUCAUCGUUUUGUUUCCCCGCAUAAUAUUUUGGGAUAAAUGCACGACGUAUCGUUUUUUAAACUGUUAUCAUAUAUGUAAGUGAUUCGAUUUUUCCAGCACUAUUAACAUUCGCUCUAAGUAUGGCGUAUUCAGAAUUGGUAAAAUAAUUAUCUUAUCGUGACAUGAACAUUUAUUUAGCAUGCUGUAAUAAGUAAGAAGACAACGUGUUGAAGACAGGAUUAGGCUAUUUAUCAGACCUACCGAGCGUGCACAGACAGGUUUUUACGGAAAGGGCAGCCACAUGAAGAGGUCAAUGAAGAGGAUGACGAAGACGGAAGGAUAAACGACAAGAGACAGCCAGGGAAGGAAGAAACGUGGAGAAGGAGGGAUGAGAAAGAGACUAAAAUAAGAGGAGGAAGUGGAACUCCAAAGUGCCUAAGAAGACUGUGAGUGGGUGCCUGACGUUCUGGUUCGGUCCAGUUUGGUUCGGUCCAGUUUGGCUGGCUGGUGGCCUACUGCUGCUGUCUGCAUAGGACAGGCUCCUGGCCCUGCUACGUGAGAGUAGAGCAAAGCACAGCACUGUGUGUGUGUUUAUUUGUGUGUGUUUGGCCUUGAAUGAGGCUAUAUGUGACCCUGACAGCCAGAGUCAUCCGUCCUGCUGCUGAUCUGCAAUCUGCCCACCUCCCCCCAGCGCCACCUCCCCUCAGCCUCCACCUCAUCAUCAAUACAAGGACACUGGUCGAUAAGCUUCUGCUUUUUUAUCUUUCCCUUUUUCUAAACAGCCUGACCAGCCAUACUAAACGCGACAGAAGCCGUGUCACAGUUCUGGAUAUUUGGGGUUUCUGUCUGAAGAAUGGAGUGACCAGCGCGAGCAAGACAGAGACAGACAGACUGACGGACAUAAGAAGAGGAAGCUGUCAUUGGAAGGCCUCUCUCUAGGACAAUGCCUGUCUGAACUACAUAUCUCAGCAUGACAGAGUGAGGUGCCCCAAUUUCCUAUUUUUUCGAUGACACAGAGCUGGCCUCUGCUCACCUCUAUCUCUGAGAACUCAUCCCAUCGUCAGUGGAUCAGGGAUCUGCACCUUACCCAAGAAAACCCACUACUCCAGCCUCCAUACCCAGAAACUCAAAGUAAUUUCAAAGGACCAGCUUAUUCAUUGUAUCCAGUAUAACUAAGUAUUUUUUUUAAAUUUCACACACUUAUCUCCUCUUGUCUUGUCAAGGAGUUUCCAAUUUAUUUUCGUCUGCAUCAGUGCUUUUUGUUUCUUUUCUUUUUUUUUUCUUUUUUUUUCCCCGAUUGUGUCCAACCCUAGACCCUACUCCCUUAUCCACUUGCCCCCUCCUGUCCUGAGGGGCUGUAAUGGCAGUCAACAUGGGAAGUAUGGCCAUGGGCCGGGACACUAAGUGGUUGACCCUAGAGGUGUGUCGAGAGUUUCAGAGGGGUACCUGCUCUCGCUCGGACGCUGAGUGUAAGUUCGCCCACCCAGCCAGGAGCUGCCACGUGGACAAUGGCCGAGUCAUCGCCUGCUUCGACUCACUCAAGGGACGCUGCACGCGUGACAAUUGUAAGUACCUGCACCCCCCUCCCCACCUUAAGACCCAGCUGGAGAUCAACGGGAGAAACAACCUGAUCCAGCAGAAGACAGCAGCGGCCAUGUUGGCCCAACAGAUGCAGUUCAUGCUGCCAGGAGCCCAGUUGCAGCCCAUAGUGAAUAGCCCACACUACACAACUACGUUCCCUAUGACUCCCAGUAUGUCGUCCCUGGCCACCAGUCCCAGUAUGGCGUUCAGCCCGUAUCUAAGCCACAUGGGUCCAGGGAUGGGCCUGAUGCCUGAGCUGCUACACCAGGCCCCCCUGCUGGUCCCAGGGAGCCCCACCGGCCUCCAGGUCAUGGGCAACAGCAGCUCCCAGCAGAAGCACAUGCGGACAGACAAGCUGGAGGUAUGUCGUGAGUUCCAGAGGGGUAACUGCACGCGGGGCGAGGGCGACUGCCGCUACGCCCACCCUAUGGAGGCAGCCAUGGUGGACGGCAGUGAAAACUCAGUCAUCGUCUGUAUGGACUACAUCAAGGGCCGCUGCUCCAGGGACAAGUGCAAGUACUUCCACCCCCCUGCCCACCUGCAGGCAAGGAUUAAGGCCGCCCAGCACCAGGCCAGCCAAACCGCCAACGCCAUGGCCCUGCCCCAUGGGGCAAUGCAACAGCUACCAAAGAGGCCCACCUUAGAGAAGAGUAACGGGGGUGGUGCUGUGUUCAACCCCAGCAUGUUCCACUAUCAGCAGGCCCUGGCUAACAUGCAGCUGCAGCAGCCAGCCUUUAUCCACCCUGGGCUUAUGAAAGGGCCGGCCCCGCUGGCAGUGGAUGGCCGUUGGGAGAGGCGGGACUGGAGCAGCUGCAGGCACCCCCACAGCCGCCUCUUGUCAGCGCCUGGAUUCACUGUAGACCCUUCAGAGGUUCUGAGUGCCGACCCAGUGGACCUUCAGUGCGUCCCCAUGGAAGCCCACUUCUGCCCUCUCCCCAAACUCCUGAUGGCUGCUCCGGUGGCGCUGAACCCAGUAACCCUCCCGUGAAACCCCAGUUAAAGCACCCGACAACACCAUCAAACCCUUAGUCAUCCCCAACCAACCAACCCUGCCCCAAAAAUACCACAGUCAACUAUUUGAAUGCAACAAACAUGUGCCUAACCUACAGUGCACCCCAAGUGAGAGGUAGUGUUAUCCUCAUUUAGGAGGUAUUCACAUAAUAAAAAAGUUGACAAGGUUUUAUUGACAUUUAUCACAGGCAAUACUAAAGCAUGGACCCAUUACUGUUGAUGUAAAGCCAGCCCAGACUGAUGCACAUUGACUUGAAGGAGCUGACUGAAGGAGAGGCUCCCCAGUUCUUACAGCCAUACACACCCACACCUUUAACACACAAACACACAUACACACUAAAAACAGCAAAUCCUCUUGGAGACUAAGCUGAGGAUAUGAGGCGUAAGGUCGUAUAAUCUUACACAGCUGACUGUUCCCCCAAAGUCAGACAGUCUGGAAAGAAAAUGAGUGAAAAGUCAGACAAGAAGAAAGAAGUAGUCUGCAGAGGUUGGAUCAUUUUAGAAGUAGUCUGCAGAGGUUGGAUCAUUUUAGAAGUAGUCUGCAGAGGUUGGAUCAUUUUAGAAGUAGUCUGCAGAGGUUGGAUCAUUUUAGAAGUAGUCUGCAGAUGUUGGAUCCUGUAGAUCAUUCUAGAAUGCAAUGUCGGUUUUUUCAUCUUUUCUUUUUCACUUCAAAGAAAUGUGUUGCGGCUCAUUUAAUGUUUACAGUACGUUUCAAGAUGGCUGAAGCUUAAAAGCAGUGUGUUAUUAUGAGAGCCAUUCCCUCAGUUCAGAGAGGCUAAGCUCCUAUGGUCCAAUUCAAAAAUCUCACCCAAGGUCUCAUAUCUGAUGUUUCUCCAUGUUCAUUUGUCUGUGCCUUUUGAGUUCCCAGCUAUGUAGGAGAUUUGAUGUCUUAUCCCAAAACAACUGAAGUCAAUGACUUAAAACCCAAAUAGCCUUGAUCUCAGACAAAGUAUAGAGAAGUGUUUCUAUUGACACACAAGUCUAUAGCUCCUCCUGUGUAUAUAUUGCCCGUCGAAAGGUCUCUGUUCAGGAGGACUAGGUCCUGUGACAAGCUCUCUUCAUGAAAUGAUUUUUGGGUCGUUACACGAAUAGAGUGCCUUUCAAUUGAACUGUUAGAUCACGUACAUCGAUGCUCUAACUAGUCUCGUUAAUCCCAGACCUAGGGCAACAGCACUGGGAAUCAUGAAAAAGGAAAUUGUCCUCUUCAGACAGACCAAUCACAAGUUUGGGUAGGCGGGGCUUAGAAUGCAGGCAGGAAUUGUGAAAAACUCUUUCCAUGGCCUGUACAGCCAGACAUGCCAGAACUUCGCAAUUUGAAACCAAAGUUUGCAGGCAAAACCUUUGCAGUGGUUUUAGUGAAGGUAGUUGAUGCAAACUAAACACUUGUGAAAUACACUCAUUAAAAUAACCUCUGUGAGCUCCAACUUGUUAGCUACUAUUUUGGGCAACAAGCGAAUAAGGCAGUGACGUAAGAAAGAAGGAUAUCCCAACUCCACCUUUUACUCUAUGUCAAAUUGACGUUGUCUUAGUACAGACAUGUAUGCUGGAACAUUAGUGCGUUGUGGGAGGCGACCCAUCUGUCUAGAGAGACUAUGCUCUAACUUAACAAAAUAAUUUUCAUCCAAAUAAGUUAUUUGUUUUCUCUGAAAAUCCACAUUUUGCCAUGUCCCAUGUCUUGUUUGUCCAACUUCUAGGAAGAUUUUAACUCACUUAACCCCACGUUUUUCAGGUGUUUUCAUUGUCAUUUCUGAAGAUGUUUUACUUAUUUAAUGUGAUUCCCCCUCUGACAUUAUUGAACGUCAUCACACGCAUGAUAGAACAGCAAUGUACUGCUAUUCUUUUAACCACGGUGCUGGAUGUUACUCUCCUCCGUUUAAUCAACAAAACAAAAACAAUAUCACCUUUGCUCGGGCCGAAGAAUGGCGCUGUUAUUCCAUUAUGCGGAUUUCAACUUUAAACCUCUCGAGAUGGGAAAACAUGUUUGUUAUGAAUUUUAACAUGUGCGCCUCAUGACAGAAUGUUACAAUUAAGUGAAAUCGUUAUUUUUGACAAAAUUACACUACCCAAAGGUAAUCUAUUCGUGGAAGGACACAUUAUUGAAACCAAAAAUGAAAUUCAAUGGCGAAAUCUGAAAUAAUACAUUAUUUCUUGAACUUUCUGCAACCACUGCAGAGGCUGCAUAUGGGGAGUUGCUUUGCUUGUCUGAAAGGUCUAGCAUGCUUACCUGUGUGCCAAUGAUUCUAUAAUGGAUGUUUGUCUGUGCCAAUCAUUGGUGUAUACUGUAUCCUGAAUAGAAUUCCCUUACUGUUGUCAGAUUGAUAUCUGAGUGGAUGUUUCCCCUUCAAUGAGCCGUCCCUUUCUCUGUCAGACGUCAACUGAUAUUUGCAGAUAAUUUUUUGAGUCAAUCUCCUGCAUUCAUAGUAGUAUGUUUGAGUAAGUGGUAUACAUUUUUCUAUAUGUUGUGUUAAGAAUAUUUUAAUGGAAUGGAUUUGACAAAAAAAUGUGGUUCUGCAGGGAGUAUAUUGAGUAAGCUUGAAAUUGUUCCGUCUGUAAAACAUGUAUUUGAUCAUAGUCACUGUGUCCUUACUUUCAAUCAUCAGCAGACUUUAAAUGCUACAAAUAUAGUGACCUGGUGGGACAGUACCGACCUAAGUAGAGGAAAUAGAAGGAGAUAGUGAGAGACUGCAAGAGAAACAGAUCAGUUCUGGAGUCAAGUAUUUGGUCUUAAAAUGGUAUCCAGAAUUAUUACAAAAUGGAGCAGAAUUGCUAUGAAAAUGGAGAGACAAUACAUUAGCUGAUAUGUUUAGGUGAGUUUUAAUGUGCCUCUCUCACUCGUUUUCAAGUCUUCUGAAACCAACCACUGUCCAUACACUGUAAUAACUGACUUUUCGGUCUUUUCAAAACAGAUGACACGUUGACUAGCACUGCCUGUCUGGCGCCAUUGAUCUGUCGUGUCUCUGUAGUUUCUUCUUUGAAACAGUUGUGCUGUCUCAUCUUUUGAUGAGAUAAAAAAAGUAAUCAGCCUGAGUGGGUGGCGUGUUUAAAUGUUUUAAUUAAUGACUAGACACUGAAUCACUGAGUUGGACAUGUGGAAAUGUUGAGACGUUUUCCACAUCUUGGGGGAAAUGGAUAUUGACAGGAAGCUAUUCAUGUUUAAGUCAUGUCAUUUACGUGGUGAAUGUAUCUAAUAGUGCAAAAAGUCGAGCGGCAUGUUGAAAUGUAAUGAUUCACUAUAUAGGCUAUUUCUAUAGAGGUCAAAUGCAAACCACGUUAAGACAACAUACUGUGUUAAGAAAUGUUUUAAGUAUGUGUGUGUAUUGUUAUAUAGGUUUAUGUUUAAAUGUUUGUGAGUGUGAUGAGUACUUUCAGAAAUAUCUUUGGACAAGUGUGGUCCCUGCAUUUUCCCCCUUUCUUUGAAGCAUUCAGAUGCAUAUUAGAAAUGGUCCUCUCUUAAUCAAUGAAAUUGAUAUUAGAAUGUCUAGACAUAUUAAUUUUGUCUAAAUUGUAUAGCUUUGAAGGACUUGCGUUGCCCAGCCAAGAUGAAAAUCUAUCUUCUCUCUCUCCCCCCCUCUCUAUGUCACAUCAUUAUGCCUUCUCCAACUGCUAUCCAGCUGGAAAUAACAAAAUACUUGAUUUAAGAAAAAGAAAAUGUGCCUCGUGGGGGGGGCGUUAGCAUUUUAAGUAAACUUACAUGUUUAAGAGGUGUGUUUUCCUUGUACAAGAACAUAGUUAGCUAGAGUAAUUGUAGUGUUGUUAGUACAAAUAUAUUAUUCUUUAUUUCUUCAUUCUUUACCAUUAUGUUCCAAAGUUUCUCCCUCUCUUAAUGGUACUUGAUCGAAUUUCCGUCACAUUUUUUGUCUUAAUUCCUAAAUCACAAUAUCAAAGAUGUGACUAUUUAUGGACAGAACUGUUAGUGGUAUUUUCACCCAUUUAGAUUUGUUUUUAUUGUUUAUUCGACAAAAAAAGUCAUAGCAUGAAAAUAAGAUAAUCUUCAUUGAUACUUAAUUAAUAGUUUGUGUAGUUUCCAUUUAAGAAAAACUAAAAAUAGAAAUUAUAUAAAAAAAUAUAUACAUUUGUAUCUAUACAAUGAUAGAUUCAUUGUUACUUAUUAAUAGUACGUUGUUGUUGUUGCUGUGGCAACAGAACGACAACAUGGCUACCUUUGUCAAUCUUAAUUGUGAAUUUUUUCACAUGAAUUUAAAUAAUGUACAACAUUAACUUAUUCAGAAAGGGAAUGUCUAGUUAAAUUGUCUUGGAUUGCAAGAUGAUUGAAUAUUUUGUAAGAAAAAGUCAAGUUAAAUCCUUCAUGUCCAAAGGUCCUCUGGGGAGAUCAGGUGUUUUGUUUGUUUAUCUUUUGGGUUUGAUUCGUUUUUAUUUCUGUAUUUUGUUUUUUUGGAGAGUAAGAACGCAUCUCAGCUUUUAAAGUGAUCACCUUAAAUACCAGGAGGGUAAAGAGACUUUGGGACUGGAUACAAGAUUUAAAUAAUUCUGCUAAAUUGAGUCAUUAUCGACUUAUGACCUGAUUUGAUUUUCUGUUUUUGAUCACCACAUUACAUUGGAGUUGAACUGGCCCAUACAUGCUGUACAGGAUUUGCUAUGCGUCGUCUCUAUGCAUUGUAUUGCCAACAAUUUUCACCUAGGCUCAUAGGCUUAUACUAUAGGCCUUCUGUCCACCUGGACAGGGAGUGCUGAUGUCACCGAGCUCUUUGAUUGGUCCUCAGUAUGAAGUCUCUUUCCCCCUGUGGCCUGCCCAGCUGUGCUGGGAGAUAUUGAUGCUCGCUGGAGCUUUAGGGGAUUCAACCGGUGUACGAAUGUGUGAUAUUCACCUCGUUUGCACUUAUGUACAUAAGUAAGUCAAAAUAUUCUGAAUUUAUUUUGAAUAAAUAUAGAGAAAAGAACUGAUAAAAAAAUCUAAUUUACUGUAUUGUUAAGAAAUACAGAUAAACAAUUAUCAUUUUAAUGCAUUGUAACAAAAGAGAGUUGUUUUUGAGGGAUGUGUCUUUGGUUUUGUUUUAUAUGUGCCCUGCUCCUAUCAAAACAUGAUGGUGCCUCUGUUAAGAGAAAAGAGAAUGUGUCAAAAAGAAGCUUUGUAGUUUGCCAUAUUUUAUAGAAGCACAUUUAGAAGUCCAGCUAUGUCUGAUCCUGAACCAGUUUAGUUAUAUAUAUAUAUUUAGUUAGUUAGAACUAUAUACAUAUAGUUAGAACUUAUAGAACUAUAUGCAUAUAGUUAGAACUAAUAGAACUAUAUGCAUAUAGUUGGAACUAAUAGAACUAUAUGCAUAUAGUUAGAACUAAUAGAACUAUAUGCAUAUUCCCUUUAGUAAACAAAUGAAUGAUAUUUACAUUUCCAUCAGGUGUUCUCCUGUUUGAUGACACAGUGACACAGUAAAUCAGAAUUGUAACUUACAUAAAACUAGGGUUGCAAAGCUACUGGUAAUUUAACGAAGUUACUGGAAUCUUCUGUAUUUUUUUGGUAAUUAACAGGUAAUAUAUGGCAAUCUAUGAUAACUUUGGUCAUUUAUACUUGAAUAACUUUUUGAAAACGUAUUCAUAUAUAGUAUUCAUAUUGUCCAUUAGUUUCUAGCAGAUAUGAUUCAAGAGAACAUUUAUUAAAUUAGAAUGUAAUCAACAAUGGCAUUAUUUUCAAUUAACUCUGCAAUGCUUCUAACUAUUGACUAAACUGACACCAGUUUAGCUCCAAAACAUUUACAACAAAGACAUAUUGACAUAGUCUUGUAAAAUAAUUAAGUGUGUAAAAAAUAUAGAAAGGAUAUUUCAUGCUUAAACCCUCAUAUUAAACACCAGUGGUAUUCACUAAGUUGAUGGUUUAUAUUUAGAAUAAUGUUUUACAGCUUUGCCAUUUGUAUUUUUAAAAAUAUAAAAAUCAUCUUAUUUGAUUGUUAUAUAUUUGACAUGUGAUAAGGCCACACAGAGGGACAGAGAUCAUAACAGACACCUGUGGUCAUCUGAAGUACCCAGAAGGGCCACUGGAUGUUUUGUGAUAAUUUACAUUAAAUCCUUGAAAUUUACCAAAUUUCAGGUAGUUUACUGGUAAACUUUGAAAUUGUAAUGUAAUAUACCCUUCCUUUGCAACCCUAUAUAAAACUAGAUUGGUUUCAAGAUCAAACUGUGUUUGAUGUUCUACCUAUCAGUCCCAUCGUUCUGCAUGCAAGUCGUUGUGCAGAAGAACCUGUGAAUUUGGUGGUCCACCUGCUGUCUGUCUAGGGAAUGACAUCCGGAUCAGCUGACAGUCGGAAAAUAAUGGAUGUCAGUAGUGCGCAAAAACAGGAAAUAAUUAGCUAUUCAUGUGUGUUUGGUUUGUGAGAAGGGAUUUUUCUUUACUCAUUGUCAUUAUCCAAAAAACAAUAAAUCUGAAUUCUCCACAGGAUUUUAGUCAGAUCUGGAUUUUAAAAACUGGUUUUACUACAAUCACACACACUUGUGAAACAAACAUCCCUGACGAAAACUUCUGUUCAUGCGAACUUGUACAUUUAAUGCUCUUCAAUUGCUUUGGAAGCCAAUCAUUUUGUUGCCAUGGCACUUGUCCUAGAGGUGGUGGAGGGACUGGGUCUCAGUGGAUUGGUCCAAGGCCUUUCCACUGUAAACAGAGGAGAGGACAACCUUCCUGUAGACUGGGGGUCAAGGCUCCCAAACUUUUAACAACUGAUUCAAAGAUCAGUCUCAUAAUGUACAUCUGUGCGUGUUGAUGUGAAAGCAAAAACAUACAUCAUUCAUGGCAAGUGACCACAGAAGUUGUCCCUUUAAUUUAAAUAACUAUUAGUUGCUUUGGCUGCUUUCUUGGAUAUUAGUUGCCUGUUUGUGCUUGCUUGGCAAGGCAAAGCCAAGGAGUGAACAAACUUGCACCCAGGUAAAAUAUUGGGUUUGUUUAAAAGCAUUUCCGUUGGAGAGAAGGCUGUCCAUUAUGCUCCUUUCUCCCCCACUCUAGGACAAAAGUGAAAUUGACUGCUUUGAUUCCUGGUAUGAAAAUGCUUCUCUUUCACUUUCUAUUUAGCUUGUUGUGCUUGUACGUGCUAGAGAACUGUGCUACAUGCCAAUUAUUUUUGCUAUGUAUAAAUAUAUAGAUAUACAUACACGUAUGACUUCUGUUAUUUUUGUUUUACCUUUUAAUAAAGCACUUAAAUGGUGA